GAAUAUUUGACCGUUUGGUGCGCUGAGAUCUACGACGUGUCAUUUAGAAUUGCGGAAAAUGGCGACGAAGCAUAAGGAUGAUAGUAAACAUCACUCGUCGUCUCUUUUAUUACAGCCUCCUCGUUCUGGUUUUUCUUGGGAUCCGAUGAAUAAUAGUGCCAUACUGAUGCCUAUUGGCCAGAAAGAAGAAUUAUUAUCAGAAGAUGGUGCCGAAAUAGAUAGUUUUGUUAAUCAGAGUUAUAAUACCACCACUUCUAUUACUUCAUCAAAAUCAGAUAUAUCUCUUCAACAGCCAACAUUAAAUUCCCCUCAGCAAAAGGAAUCUUAUAUUGUUGAACCACCCUUAUUUCCAAAUGCUCCAAGUGCUCAAAUGAAUUUUCCUCCAAAUUCUGCAAAUCAGCCACCACUUGAUUAUAAUAUGCCUCCACCUGUUGUUUCUACUACAGAAGUUCAGUAUGCUGCAACUAGUACAUAUUUUUCUAACAUACCUGUUCAGGCAACUCAACCAUCUAUCCCUUCCUCCAUUUCCUUUGAUAAUAUUACCACUUCACCACCAACAGGACCACCAGUAGGAGGACCACUGCAAGAUUUUAGACGGAAGGGACCUGCUGUUUAUGCUCCACCUCCUAAUUUCAAUGCUUCUCCACACCAAACUAUAUUUCAACCACCUUUACCACAUGAGAAUUCACAACCUAUUCAAAUGUCUCCACCAUCUUUUCAGCCAUCUCCUUCAAAUUUUGCAACAAGUCAGGAAAUACCAAUUUCAACAUUAUCAUCAGCUCACCAAUUUUCAUCUGUAUCUGAACAAAACCAACCAGGAAAUAUAUUUUAUCAAAAUUACAAACCAAUUCAACCACAUUGGUUUUACAUGAGAGUAAUUGAAAAGAGAGAGAUUUGGUUACCCUUUAGUAUGCUUGACUCUGUGAGUCUUGAAGAAGCUUAUAAGCAAGAUCCAAAUAAUGCAGUUGUUGCUACAGAUGGAGGAAGAUAUGAUGUUUUUAUUGGUGAACGGCUUAGAAAGGCAGUUUAUUGGAAUGAAUCUCCAACAAUAGUAAGGAGGUGCACAUGGUUUUAUAGAACCGAAGGUCAAAAUAGAUUUGUGCCUUAUGAAGAAGAUUUCUCAAACAAACUAGAAGAACAUUUUAAAUCUGCAGUUGUAAAUAAUUUAUGGCAUAAACGUAUUGAAUUUUCUGGUUCUGAAACAAUUGUCAUAGAUAAUCCAAAUGUUAUUUGGCAUUUCCUGCCCUGUAGCCACACAGAUGAAUGGGGAAAUGUACUUGAAAAUCAAGUUAGGCCUCGAAUUGUUAAACGUGGUAUUAGUGAUUUUGUCAUUAUUGAAGAUGGAGAAUCAUCAAAAAUUGAUCACCUGGUAUUUGUUGUUCAUGGUGUGGGUGCUGUAUGUGAUAUGAGAUUUCGCACUGUAAUUGAAUGUGUUGAUGAUAUUCGUUCUAUGGCAUUUAGCCUGAUGGAGAAUCAUUUCAAGCCACAUAUAGCUGAUGGACGUAUUGGAAGAGUAGAGUUUUUGCCUGUGUCAUGGCAUUCAAUGUUACAUAGUGAAGCAACUGGCAUAGAUAGGCGCUUAAGAUAUAUCACAUUGUCAAGUAUCCCAAAGUUAAGACAUUUCAUCAACGACACAAUUCUAGAUAUUCCUUUUUACUGUAGUCCUGUUUAUUGUCAAACAAUUAUAUCAGCAGUGGGAUCAGAAUUAAAUAGACUUUAUGAUUUAUUUAAAAGUCGCAAUCCUAGAUUUUCUGGAAAUAUUUCAAUGGUUGGACAUAGCUUAGGUAAAUAUUUUGAAUCAGAAGCAGUACAACUUGGAGAUAAAACAUCAACUGAUAGUACCAAAACUGAAGUGAUUUCUGAGAAACAAGAUAUGAAAUCUCAUACAGAUUUCAUGGAUUAUGGAAUGGGAAUAGCUGGUGCAGGACCUAGAGUGAAUUUUCCAAAACUUAAGUUUGAACCAUCAAUUUUUUUUGCACUGGGAUCACCGAUAUCUAUGUUUUUAACUGUUCGAGGACUUGAAAAGAUAGGAGAAGAUUACAGAUUGCCAACGUGUCCCUUUUUUUAUAAUAUAUUUCAUCCUUUUGAUCCAGUGGCAUAUAGAAUCGAACCUUUGAUUGACCCAUCCUUUAAUCUGAAGCCUGUAUUAGUACCACAUCAUAAAGGAAGAAAACGAAUGCAUUUAGAAAUUAGAGAGAGUUUAUCACGAAUGGGUGCUGAUUUGAAACAGAAGUUACUCGAUCCUCUCUGGAAUACUUGGAAUUCGAUAAAUGAAUUUGCACGGGCUCACAGAUUUGGGUAUCAACCAGAGGAUCCAUCGAUAACAGGCUCACAAGAAAACACAGUUGGAUUAGAUAUGCAAAGUAAUCCUCAGGAAUUUGAUGACAGUGAAAGUACAGUAUCGACUGAUUUCAAUGUGGAUGAUGAUGUUCAAAUUGGACAAUUGAAUGCUGGAAAAAGAAUAGAUUAUGUACUUCAAGAAAAACCAAUUGAAAGCUUGAAUGAAUAUUUAUUUGCUUUAGGGAGUCAUGCUUGCUAUUGGGAAUCUGAAGAUACUGUUUUGAUGGUUAUAAAGAAAAUAUAUGCGCUGAUGAACGUCUUUCCCGUCGUCAGAGGUCCUCGAUCGCAGCAUAACAUACCUCUGUAUAAUCCGGCAUUAUCUUCUCAGUCUCGGUUCACCGACAUUUCUCCUUCCGGCAUGUCGCUGUCCUCUUCUGCGGGACAGUUACCCCAGGUGGGGAUAUCGCCGACCCAGUCCUCUCUAGACACGUCUCAGAAUACCAUCGCUUCUCCGGUGGUCAAUCCUUCUCAGAGUCAAACGAUCGGUCCCCCUCCUCUCUCGGGUUUCGUCAAGGCUUCUCCGCUGGUCCGAAGAUGAGAAGAAUUGUAGAUAUUUGUACAGAAAGAAUGCCCAAAAACAUCAAAAGAUUCAAUAAUCAAUUCUAUGCAAUGUUUUCCUAAAACUUGCAUUUGAACUUUUUCACAUGAUAGAAUGAACAUUCCCAGUCCAGUUCUUUGGAUUUUUCUUGUAUUGUAAGAUUUGAUUUUAUUCUUUGUUCUAAAUCCAAUCAUAAUGUUUUUCAAUAAAUAAAUUUGUUUUAUUCUUUCAUU